GAACGUCCAACCCUCAACAAAUACAUAAAUGUAUGCUCUCUUUUAGAGAUCUGCUCUGUUCCUAUGCUAAGAAUGUUAUGUACCAUCCUUUCAUAUUGAUGUUUACCAUCUGACUGUUGUAAAGAGAGGAGUUUUGGCAAUCUUGGAGCAGAAACCAUAGAUGCAGUGUACACAGCAGCAUCAUGUUGCCUGGAGCAAACAAGCACAGUCCUAACAGUCAACAGACCAGGCAACACAAUCCCAUCCUCUGUUCCAUUCAGCUGCUGAAGAGCCCACACAGUUCUUCCCUGCUUUCCCCGCUAGCUCAGUUGAAUUGGAGCAGUCUGUACCAUCAUUUGGUCCUCCCGAUCUAUAACACAUUUCUGAUGACUUCAGGAAGGGUGUCUUAAAUGAAAAUUACUAUGUUUGGAAAUCAUCUUGGAUGCUGCAUAUAUCUUGGAUAAUAACUUGGAAUCCAGGAAGAUGGCUGCAUUGUUCUGGGACUUGGAUUGUGCUACAACUCCUCCACAAACACCACCUCUACACUUCAGUUCUGAGUUCAGGCAUACCAGCCUCGUGAGUUCCUAUGAUUGUUCACCCAUGCAAGACAGCUUAGAUUGGCCUUCAAAUGAGCAAGUGGAGUUCACAAGAUUAAACCCCUCCAGAUCUAAAAACAAUACAGAAGGAGAAUGGCAUAUGGUAACAGCCACUCGCUCAUUGCUUGGCAGGGAAAGAAGAGGCCAGAGGGAGGGUCUGCAGGACCAGCAGAAAGUGUCUUACAACAGCUUGCCAAGAGCACAUUUUCUCCAGCCAAAUAGAGAAUCAAGUGCUUUUUCACCCUACGCUAAUGACUUGUGGCUGAAUGGUAAAGAUGCCAAGAACAUUGCUGAGUCCCCCAGGAACAGUCGUAAGCAGCACCCGCUGACACAGCCGGGCUUCUACAGUCCAAAAAUCCAACGGUCAAAGCAUUGGGAAGCUGCACAGUCUACAAAAAAGUCUUCUUCCACAAACAACUUGAAGGAGUUCCACUCUCUCACAUUGCCUCUUCCGUGCUCUAAAAUUGCUGUCCUCAAACCCAGCCCUUUGUGUUCCAAACCGCAAGAGGUUAAAACUUCCGUGGUGAAAAAGCCUCCUUUGAUGAGAGCUGUGGUAUCUUCACCAACAUCCAAUCAACGUGGCAAGGAGCACUUCAGCCAACUCCAGCUAAGAGAGGACCAUCUCAUCAAGAACCAGGACAACAGUUUGUUCAAUCUGCAGGAACCCAAUAUAAAACCUCCCAGAAAUGACCAACUUCCAUGGAGGCAGAUACAGAAUUCAUUCACCGAGGAUACUUCUACCCCGGAUUAUAUUUCUAUUAACACACUACAUCUCUUCCCUGAACGACAGUCUAGAGCAGACCAGCCUGCAACGUUUUGUCCAAAACUAGAAAAAGCAAGUCAUGUGGGUGUUGACACUGACAUCAAACCAUCUCAAGGUGACCCUGACCGGUCCUGUCAACUACAAGUCAGCCAGACCCAACCAGACUGCAGCCCAAAACAGAAGAAGAUACAGUACACACUGCAUAGAGAAACCGGUGGUGUCAGAAACGGCGACCACAACCAUAUAAAAAGUCAGGUGGAUGUGAACUCAAAGAAUGUGUUUGGUCAGCCUCGAGUGAUCGCAUCACUGCGAGCAGCAUGUUCCCCGCGGCCCGUUCGCAAGAGCACAAUGGUGGAGGACUUGAAAAAACUCAUUGUGAUGGAUGACACAGAGGACAGCGCUCAGGGUGAUUCAUCAUCACCUCAACAAAAAGAGGCAGGGCUUUGCAGCAGUUUGCAAAUGUCAGGUCCAUCGUUAUUUAGUCCUGCUCAGCAAUCAUACCCGGAAACUCCCACGCCCAGAUCCGUCCAUCUCCACCUGCAAACACAUCAAACAGAAUGUGGGGAAUUGCCUGAGCAGGCUGAAUCUGACAUAUGGGACAGAGACCAACAUCCUGAUCCUGAACUCAUGCCCCUGCCAAGCAUGGCCUAUGAUCUUGACUGGAAUAGUCUAGUUCAAGCAGCUCAAGAGUAUGAGACACAAAGGAUGGCAACCUUUUUGUCAGAAGUGAGUCCUGUACCAAGCAGGCCAGACACACCAUCCCAUGGAAGCUACAAGAUCCACCAUUCCAGUGCUUAUUGCAGUGGAGAAGAUACGGACAGUGACGUAUUCAUUGACUUUCCCGACCAACUCUCUCACCUGGAAGGGAUGCUUAGGCGACUGAGUAGUGAUCUUCUAAAGGAGAAGAGAGACAAGGUGGCUCUUCUGGCUGAAGUGUUGAAGCUUCGUAUUAGCAACCAGCAUCUGAGAGAAGAGUCCUUCUGUGCAGUUGCACAACUACACAAAAUCAGCAACAUUUUAAACACACCUGGAGGGGAGGAGUAAUGCAGGGUUGGAAGCAAAGACUACAAGUCUACAAAUGCAGACUUUUUUUUCUUCCUGAUUUAGGAGAUAAAAUCUGCAGAAUUAAUUUAAAAUGUUAAAAUGUAUUAAAUGGAACCACUGGUAACUGAAGGUUUUAUGAAUGUAAAUGUAAGACUUUUUCAAGACCUUUUUAAGACCAAGUAAAGAAAAUGUAAGGAAUAGAUUGAAGGGAACACAAUAAGUCAGUAUGUUCUCAAAAUGUCAAGGGAGAAAAAACAAUUAGUUGUAGUAGCAACACUUCUAGAGUUUGAAAAUACAACUUCCAACCAAUAUCCAUUACUUUUUAAUUUACCUCUGCUCUCAACCACUAAAAUAUGGACAUACUUUUACUGCAUCUUCUGAUCACACUGCAAGAAAGUGACGUUCUUCCUCAGGAUUUUUGUCUUUUUUUCCAGUGCAAUUGUCAGAAUACUCUUAAAUCAAGAUGCAUUUACUGGAGAUACAAAAAGACUAUAAGUAGUUCUUGUUUUAAGCAUAAACUCACUUUUUUGCAUUUCAAGUAAAUGUAUCAAAGAUGUUUCAACAUUUGUAUUGGAAAACAGAACAAAAAUACUGAGGAAGAUACACAUUUUUUGCAAUGGAUGCAACAUUUAAUGCCAUAACUUUAUGAAAUUUAAGACUUUAUUCUCUGAUUCAAGACUUUUUUAAGGCCUUAAUUUGUGUAAGGGCGAAGAAGAAGACUUUAUAAGACCUUUUUAAGGCCUGUAGAAAUCCUGUAACUGAAAGCUUAAUCAAAUUAGCCAGCAGUGUUGGCGCCAAUGCUUUACAAGUAACUUGAGUUAGGUAAUCAGAUUACUUUUUCAAGUAACUAAUAAAGUAACGCAUUACUUUUAAAUUUACAACAAAAUAUCUGAGUUACUUUUUCAAAUAAGUAAUCCAAGUUACUUUGUUUCCCCAUGUAUUGACUGACAGCUCUCCUGUCACCAUGUUGAGAGAAAUUGAGAGUUAGUGCAGAGGCAUCAUGGGUAAACAUGAUGGUUAUUGUAGUUCUAGACUAAAUGUGAGCAUACAUUUGCUCAUUUACUACUUCUCCUGCAUCCUAUUCUUUUGUAAUCCAGAAUGGCAGCACAGCUGAAAGGCUUGUUUUUUUUAGCUGCAUCCUCUACUGUACAGGCGUGAAUUUGCUUUAUCUUCAGCCUGAGGCUUAUCCAUUUCACUUUUGGUGUAAAAGGGCCUUUACAUUUCCCAAAAAUAGAACUUCUUGUUGUUAUAAAUACAAACAGCCCAGCCCAGAUGAAAAAAAGUAAAGCAAAAGUAAUGUAAUGCAUUACUUUCCAUAAAAAGUAACUAAGUAACGCAAUUAGUUACUUUUUUAAGGAGUAAUGCAAUAUUGUAGUGCAUUACUUUUAAAACACUGUUAGCCAGAAUCUUUAAUGAACAAACACAUUAAGGGCCAGAGGAUAUGUACUUUUAAGUGACAGCGUUCCAAUUCUUCUGGCACAGGUUUUAUGGGAGUUUGAAAACAACAGAAAAGCCAAACAAACUGAACUCAGUCAAGGUUUAAUAACAGCACAAUAUCUACAAACCAGAACAACUUUCAUAAGGUUGGUAACUCUCUUGGGAAACAGUACAGCUCCCCUAAGGCUUCUUAGUGAAUAAUUAGGUUAAGGCUGUAAAAAAAGCUAUAAAACAGCUUAAUAUAAAACAUUAUAAUAAAUAUAUAAAUAUAUAUACAAAGAUAGAUACUUAACAAUUGCCAUCUAUUAUAAAUAAGUAAUAAAAGUCAGGAUAUGUUUUAUCAAACAAUGUAAAGUCACAAUGAAAAAUGCUGAAAACAGUAUAUAAAAACACUGAAAAUGUAAAUAUGCUCUGUGAUGGUUAGAAACAUUAGAACAAUAAAAAUAUACUUAACACAAUAAAUAAGUUAUUUUAAAAUGCCUGAGAUGCAAUUGUUUAAUCACAACAGUGAUUAAAGCAGUAUUGAACUAUAAAACGCCGUUGUUUGAAGACCAGUAGUCAGUUUGGCUUG